CAUUUGAUCAUUCCCCACUAUCAUUCUCGUCCUCUGAAAAACCCUCCUCUCUUACGCAUUUUUCCGCUUCUCUUUCCCAAUACAGGUACUUCCUUCACUAUGAGCUUAACCUCUCUCAGGCUCGCAUCAAACCCCAUCACUUCCCCAAAGUGGGCCCACCGUCGGCUUCUCCCUCCUCGGAACGUCGUAGUAUGCUCCGUUAAAACUCCUCCCUCCUCGCCGUCGUUGAGUGUCGCCGAGUCUGCCACCAGCGACUCCCUAAGUCGUAUUGAAUCUCUCAGUCAAGUUUCCGGCGUUUUAGGUUGUCAGUGGGGCGAUGAAGGUAAAGGCAAACUCGUCGACAUCUUGGCUCAGCAUUUCGACGUCGUCGCUCGUUGCCAGGGUGGAGCCAAUGCUGGUCAUACCAUCUACAGUUCAGAGGGAAAGAAAUUUGCCCUUCACCUUGUUCCUUCGGGUAUUCUUAAUGAGGAUACUCUCUGCGUUAUUGGCAAUGGAGUUGUGGUGCAUCUUCCAGGUUUGUUUAAGGAGAUUGAUGGCCUGGAAUCUAAUGGUGUCUCGUGCGAGGGAAGGAUAUUGGUGUCGGACCGUGCUCAUCUGUUAUUUGAUUUCCAUCUAGAAGUAGAUGGGCGUAGAGAAGCUGAGCUUGCUAAAUCAUUUAUUGGCACUACUAGAAGAGGGAUUGGACCUUGUUACUCGAGCAAGGUGAUCCGCAAUGGCAUUAGAGUAAGUGACUUGAGGCACAUGGAUACUUUUCCUCAGAAGCUUGAUGUUUUAUUAUCAGAUGCAGCUUCAAGGUUCCAAGGUUUUAACUAUGGCCCAGAAAUGCUCAGGGAUGAAGUUGAGAGAUACAAGAGAUUCGCAGAGAGGUUGGAACCUUUCAUUGCAGAUACUGUGCAUGUUAUGAAUGAAUCCAUUGCACAGAAGAAGAAGAUUUUGGUUGAAGGUGGUCAAGCAACUAUGCUGGACAUUGACUUUGGAACUUAUCCCUUUGUGACUUCAUCUAGCCCGUCAGCUGGCGGGAUCUGCACUGGUCUUGGUAUUGCUCCAAGAGUCAUUGGUGAUCUCAUUGGAGUGGUGAAAGCAUACACUUCAAGGGUUGGUUCUGGUCCUUUCCCUACUGAGAUCUUGGGUCAUGGGGGUGACCUACUUAGGUUUGCUGGGCAGGAGUUUGGAACCACAACGGGCCGUCCUCGACGUUGUGGUUGGCUUGAUAUAGUUGCACUGAAGUACUGCUGUCAGAUUAAUGGCUUUUCUUCUUUGAAUCUCACCAAACUUGAUGUUUUAUCUGAUCUUCCUGAAAUUCAGUUGGGAGUUGCUUAUAAACAAAUGGAUGGUACUCCUAUUAAAUCAUUCCCAGCUGAUCUUCGUCUGCUUGAACAAUUGAAGGUUGAAUAUGAGGUUUUACCUGGAUGGAAGAGUGAUAUUUCUUCCAUUAGAAACUACUCAGAGCUUCCGAAGGCUGCACGUCAAUAUGUGGAGAGGAUAGAAGAACUCAUUGGUGUACCCGUCCAUUACAUUGGUGUUGGGCCUGGACGUGACGCUCUGAUAUUCAAGUAACUUGACUGUUAUUUAUUUAGACAGCCCAGAUGCUAUGCUCUUGUGGUUGAGAUAAAUCUCAUUGUGUUGCAGCCUUUUAACCCCACCAUGUCUGGGCAUAUUUUUGGACCAGAAUAAAAGUAUUUGUCAGGCCCAAUGAAUUUGAUGUACCAAUUCUGCCCUUUACGCCUGACGUUUACUUUUAAUUGAAUGUCUAAAUAUAUUAAACCAUUAGAGAUGCAA